AGGAGGAGAAUGAGCCCAGGAGACAGAGAUAUAGCCGAAGCUAAGUGCGCCGAACUGCUAGCGGCCGGCCUCAUAAGGGAGUCGACAUCCGACUAUGCAGCGGCUACGGUGGUGGCAGCGAGGAAGGACUUAACUGGAGAAACAUUGGCACGGAGGAUGUGUGGCGAUUACAGAGGACUGAACCGCGUGACGAAGAGCGACAGAUACCCCAUGCCCAUGGCUGAAGAGAUCUUCGACAAGCUGGCUGAAGGGAGGGUGUACUCGACACUGGACCUGAGGCAGGGAUUCAAUCAGAUCCCAAUCAAGGAGGAGGACAAGCAGAAGACCACCUUCCAUGGCCCUGACCGUCUGUACGAGUGGAACUACAUGCCAUUUGGGCUCAAGAACACGUCGGCGAAGUUUCAGCGAGUAAUGGACCUAGUACUACGAGGAAUUCCGCAGGCUAUCUGCUACAUAGACGAUGUAGUGGUCUUCAGCAAGGAUGGGAAGCAGCAUGUGGCCGACGUGGCGGCUACCCUGGCGGCGAUUCAGGCAGCGGGCCUGACUUGUCAUCCAGGAAAAUGCCAUUUCGGGGUAAAGACAGUAGCGUAUCUGGGUUUUCAAGUGGGGGAGGGUGGACUGUCAGUUCAGCAGGCCAAGGUAGAGGUGGUAGAUAGACUAAAGCCGCCUACCGACAGGAGCACUCUUAGAGCGCAGCUGGGAUUCUUGAACUACUACCGGAAGAUCGUUCCGAACUUCAGCAAGAUGGCAAGGGCCUUAAACCGACUCUUGCGAGAGGACGAGCCCUGGAAGUGGGGAGAAGAGCAAGAAGGCGCAUGGAGGACUUUAAAGGAAGCAGUGAAGUCAGCGCCCAUGCUGAAAUUGCCCAACCCAGAGAAGCCCUUCACACUGUAUAUUGACUGGAGCAGCAGUGGGAUCGGGGCUGUCCUGUGCCAGGAGGAAGAGGGGCUGGAGAGAGUAGUAGCGUACGCCAGUCGGUCUUGCAGUCCAGCGGAAGGAAAUUACAGCUCCUACAAGGGAGAGGGGCUAGCAGCGGUGUGGGCUGUGGAGCUCUUCAGGCCAUACUUGCAAGGAAGGAGAUUUACGCUGGUCACCGAUCACCAACCUUUGAUGUGGCUGAUGACGAACCAGACGCUGAAGGGGCGGAAUGCGAGAUGGGCUAUGAGGCUGCAGGAGUUCGAGUUCGAUGUUAAGCAUAGGCUGGGGAAGACCCUCCAGCACGUGGAUGGGCUGUCCAGGCAGGGCCCAGCGGCGCAGCUGUCAACCAUCAGCAGUGCAGAGACAGAACUUACCUGCCUGGCUACGCGAGUCUGGAGGCGCCGGACGAGGCGGUGGUGGAGCUGGCAGACAUCGCUCUCGACUGCCUCAAGAUGCCCGCCUCCCGCCGCCCCCACAUGAAGGACGUCGCGCGACGCCUG